AUGUCACCGGAACAAGUAGCUCCUAAUGUAAACGCCAAACCGUCAAUUCGGAUAUUGAUGGGUGAACCCAAAGGCGCUCCUCUCGGCUCGGACAUGGUCGUGAUGGCUGGGAACUUCGGGAACAUAAAUGUGUGGGGAGAUCGGAUAUACAACACGCAUAGGACCAAGAGACUGAGCCCGAAGCAGAGAAACUGUUACUUCGGCGAUGAAAGUCCAACCGGGAUGGGCACGAAUUAUUACCUGAGACGAAAUUGCAGAAUGGCUUGUUAUAUGUUCCACAUGGUUAAUGAAUGUGGCUGUUAUCUGGAGGCCAUGUUCGGCCUCAUGAAAAAAAACGACUCGUUGCGGCCUUGUAUCGCGGAGGAUUUACUGUGUCUGUCCAAGAAUAACCAACAUUUCAACAAUUACAUACCAUUCGUUCAGACGUCAUUUUUCACGAAAGAUAAGCCCGGAUUAAAAUGCGAAUGCAUGCCGGAUUGCGUCCACCAAAUGUACAUACCCGAACUGACCAUUGCCGAACAGACGGUUUCCUCACUGGAGAAUUCCUCUUCUUCCAUACUCAUUGACUUACACUUCAAACAGAGCGCGUGCAUACUGUACAGAUCGGACUUGAUCCUCGGAUGGCUCGACUUGUUGGUGUCAUUUGGCGGUUGUGCUGGUCUGUUCCUUGGCGGUUCGCUGUUAAGUUUUAUUGAACUGAUAUAUUUCUUGACAUGGAGGGUUUACUAUCAUUGGCGCCGGACACCACCAAAAUCGGUUAAAUCCAAAAGAAACAAAAAACAAAAAGGACAUCGAAUCAUCGUAACGGACACUUGGACAACGGACGAUUUUGCGAUCAGUAAAGCGUGA